CGAUAGAAUCAAACAUGGCGGAAGACUAGGCGAACAGGUUAAGGAUUUUUUUAAGGAUUUAGACAAAUUUGAUGUUUUCUGUAAACUAGAAAUCAUCGUCGAAUGGAUCUGUGUGAUCCUGUUAGCAUUAUAUUAGUGACAGCCGGUAGUAGAGGACAGAGUCUAUUAUUUCGUUAUCCAUAUUUACCGCCUUCCCGGACUGAGAGGAGAGAAAAAGAAAUCCCUAAGAAUCGUUUCGCCUUGGGUAAAGUCGAAGAGAGUACGGACAUAAGAAAUUUUUCCGGAAUCAAAGAUGGUUAUCUCAUUGGAUUUUCUGACAGCACACUGGCAAAUAUUUUGUCACCAAAAUCUAAUGCAUGUGGCAAGAAAUUUGAGCUGAAGAUUGAUGAAGUGUUAUUUGUGGGCCAUCCAACACUGGCUUAUGAAAGAAAAGACAGAGAAUUCAAGAGAAGUGAUACCUCAUCUAGGAAGGAUGAUGUCAUGAUGAAACUGUUCAAUGUUGUCUUUGUACUCCAGGCAAGUGUAGAACCUUCUGUUGUUCACUGUUACCAUGACUUAUCCAAGAGAAUAGCAAUUGCCCUAAGGCAUGAAGAGAUAAGAUGUAGAUAUUUGAGCUCUGAAAGGGAAAUUAUACUUUCUGUUCAUGAUGAAAUGUCAGCCAUGCCUGAAGACUGCGCAGAAUCACCAUUUAAACACAUCCUUCCCAAGAGCAAGCUGGCAAGGGACUUAAAAGAUGUUUUUAAGAGUUUAUGUGCAUCUGGAAUUGUAAGGCUGAAGAUCAAUGGCUGGGUGAAUGUUAGCUUUUGCCUUCCUCACAAAGUCCACUAUUUGAACCAGGGAACCAUUCAAAUCAAGCCUGAAGCUAUACACAAAUCCCUUGCAGUCAUCAGGCCAUAUCACACGCUGCUUUUUCUUGUGGACGAGAGGUAUCUAUUGGCCUCCCUCGCAGGGGACUGUUCCCCAGCCAUCACACGACUGGUGAAAAUGGCCAGUCCACUGAAAAGCUUCCAAACGUUAUCACAAGACACAGAUAUUCCAUUAUCUCAGGUGUUCGCUAUAGCAGCUCAUCUGGUUUACUGGGGAAUGGCAACUAUCAUCUACCCGCUCUGUGAGAGUAAUGUGUAUGUCGUUGCACCAAAUUCCUCCACAAGCGUAUCGUCGCCGCUUGUGGAAGAAUUCACCUCACGUUUUCCAGGGAUGUCUUUUCACAAUGUGCUUUCGGAGUUUUCUUUACCCGCUCCUCUGAGCCAACACAAUAAUCCGCUAGGCCUGCCACAGCAAAAGGCAGAACCUGCCCAAAUGGUUGUGUGGAUGUUACAACGAAGGCUCUUAAUACAGUUGCACGCCUAUGUGUUCCUAGUACCGAACGUCCAAUCUGAGAAGAGGUCCAGCGGCCAAAGUGGAGGCCUGGGUCUAGGGGGACGAAGGGUUCAUCGGAUAUUUGGAAACAAUAUCCCAGAUGGUCCAUCGUCUUUUGACGCUGACCAGCAGGAGCCCGCUGAAAAUGAAGGGCAUUCAGAGUUAGGAGGUGAACUGAAGGGUCUGUCGCGCUCAGAGAGGAAAAGCGUGCUUCAAGUUGCUGCGGCACGUGACCCGGAUGACUUAAAGCUAUUUACCAGACUGAUUCCCUACUUUCGGGGAAACCAUCACCUGGAAGAAGUAAUGUAUUACGAGAAUUUGACAAGAUCUCAGCUAUUAACACUGAUCGAUAAGUUCAGAGAUGUCUUGUUUUUGUGUCAGCAUGAAGACCCAGUGACCCUUUACUUCUACAAUAGAUAACACGUCACACUGAAACAACCCUUGAACUCCCAGGAUCUGAUUAUUAAUUCUCCCCUCUGCUCUACACAUUUCUUUGUAAAUAAGUCACAGGAAUUUGGUGUUAGAUCAGGACCACCGCCCUCUACCUGAUAAGUUUGAAUAUUCUCAAUACAUGUUGGCUGAAUAAUGUAUGGACAACAUAGAGAGAAGUUGCAUGUUAAUCACUGCUGGGAGUUAAAGGAUCAACCAGUGAGAAAAUAUAGUUAGGUUUUGCUAUCCCUAGCGAACCCCUUGCAAUGACUGACAGAUACAGUUCUUCGCUCAACUGACCGGCGAAAUUGGAGUUUAUCAGGUAUUUUUUCGCUUGCGAAAAGGCUCUAACUAGCGACAAGGUAUGAGUGGCGAAGCAGACUUACCCCACGCGUGAGACCAGACCCGAGACCCGCGGAAUUCGCCGCUAGGGUUAAAGUUAGACCCUAAGCGCUGACAUUGGCAGAAUGACUGACGGAUGAACUGAAAAAAGUGAACAAUUGCCCAUCUUUUAAAAUUUUAGUCAAGACAAAGUUCCCGUAUUAUUUAGACUUUCGAAAAAGCAGCAGUGAAAACGUUGAGGUCUAGGGAGAGAGGAAAAGAUUGAGGCCCUUCCGCCGCUCGCUCGCUUCUUCCAUGGCUCCUUUUAGCCAUUUAACAAGGCUGAAAAUUUUGCUUCGAGAGAACAAAUAUCAGAAGAUGCAAAUUCCAAUAAGCAUCAAUGUUAUCAGCUUGGAAAAGGUUUCCUUUUUAGAAAUCAAAAACAAAAUACUCUAUGGAAUCAGUAAGUUGGAAAGAAGAGAGAAAUAAUUUUCUCUCGCAAAUGUACGAAUGUAAUUGAAAAUAUUUCAUGAAAUGUAAUUAGGUUAAGGUCGAGUAAAUUAGGAUGAAUUAAAAUUGUGAGAAUUUCUGUAGGACUUCAUUCUUAAAUAGCAGUCCUGUAAUAUUCCUUUCUAACCUGUACUCAUACCCUCGAUCCAUUUAUGCGUGCCUUCGUUAGCCUAUCCGCUUGUCCCCCUUCAGUACUGUUGAAGACUACUAUUGCCUUUCUUAUAGUCCAACGAGCAGGAGGGAAAACAGAACGUAUAAUUGUUGCGUGAACGAAAAUUUGGCGAGUACAUCCUGUCCUUGUACCAGUCACUUAUAUUUAACAUCUCUCCCUUC